UCCGCGGGGCCCGUGUACCGAUCUGCCGUUUCCUCCCGCUCGCCGUCCCCGGCCCGAGUAGCGCUAAGGUGAGGGCUCGGCGGUGCGGGGCUGAGGCGGAAGGACGUGUCCCGGGGACAGUGUGCAGAACACCCUAGGCGGACGGGGUACGGCGCCCCCAGGCUUCAGGACCCAACCCAGCGGCCGCGCUCCCGAGCCACUGAACAAGCAAUCCCAGCCAUUUUCGCCGCGCAGAGACGUCUUUGCAGCCCCAUCACCACUAUCUUGUGAAGAACACAGUCCGGGCGUCACACGGAUGGCUGUUCUUCUGAAGAGGCUAACGCUGCAAACCUCAAUUAGAAGAUGUUUCAGAAAACCCAUUGUGAAGCCAGACCCGGCACAGCUGUCCCUUGCUGCCUCCACCACGAAGCUCGUGCAUCUCACCUUUGCCAAAGGUUUCAGUACUGCUGGAGACGCCCACAGUGAGAAGAGACAAAAGAGGAAAGAUGCUUUUACUAACACUGGAAGGAAAAUCAGUGAACGGAUUAUCCGCGUCCUGGAUGAGAAAGGCAGUGACCUGGGACUGAUGCACCGAGCCGAUGUGAUCAGACUCAUGGACAAGCAGGACUUGAGGCUGGUGCAGAGGAACACCAGCUCAGAGCCGCCAGAGUACCAGCUCAUGACCGGAGCACAGAUCCACCAGGAGCGGCUCAAGAUCCGGGAACAGGAAAAGGCCACCCCAAAAGCUGGACCAGCUGUGACAAAGGAACUCAUGUUUUCUUCAAAUAUUGGACAGCAUGAUUUGGACACAAAGAGUAAACAGAUUCAGCAGUGGAUUGAGAAAAAAUACCACGUUCAAGUCACAAUAAAGAAGGGGAAAAAUGCAGACCAGCCAGGGAAUGAGCCGGAUGAGAUAUUUAACCAGAUUCUCCAGACUAUGCCUGGAAUAGCAACCUUCUCAAGCAGACCGAAAGCCAUUAAAGGAGGAACAGCCUCCACAUGUGCUUUUCGUCCCUUAAGCAAGAAAGAAGAGAAGGCAUACAGAGACUCUCAGGAGGCGGAGAGAAGACACACUCUGAGCAAGGAUAACAGAAACACGGAGUCAGAAGUUCUGUGUCACUGACUUUAAUAAAAAAGUCCAGGC